AGAUAGAUUUGUGUGGCGAAGAUGUCUCCACCCAGUCGCGUGAAGAAAAUGUUUACAUGGCCAAGUUGGCAGAGCAAGCAGAGAGGUAUGAGGAGAUGGUUGAGUUUAUGGAGAAAGUUGCUAAGACAGUGGAUGUUGAGGAGUUGACGGUGGAGGAGAGGAAUCUCCUUUCUGUGGCUUACAAGAAUGUGAUUGGAGCUAGAAGGGCUUCAUGGAGGAUAAUUUCAUCCAUUGAACAGAAGGAAGAGAGCAGGGGUAAUGAGGACCAUGUUGCUAUUAUAAAGGAGUACAGAGGCAAGAUUGAGUCUGAACUCAGCAAGAUCUGUGAUGGGAUUUUGAGCCUUCUUGAGUCUCAUCUUAUUCCAUCCGCCUCAUCUGCUGAGUCUAAAGUGUUUUAUCUUAAGAUGAAGGGUGAUUAUCAUAGAUACCUUGCUGAGUUCAAGACAGGAGCUGAGAGAAAAGAGGCUGCGGAGAAUACUUUGUUGGCCUACAAGUCUGCUCAAGAUAUUGCUCUAGCAGAAUUGGCCCCAACGCACCCAAUAAGGCUUGGUCUUGCUCUCAACUUUUCUGUAUUCUAUUAUGAAAUCCUCAACUCCCCGGAUCGUGCCUGUAAUCUUGCUAAGCAGGCCUUUGAUGAGGCAAUUUCUGAACUUGACACAUUGGGUGAAGAGUCAUACAAAGACAGUACAUUGAUCAUGCAGCUUCUCCGAGACAACUUGACUUUGUGGACAUCUGACAUCACGUCUCUCCCUCUAUCCUUUCUCUGCUGUCGUGUAAUUCAAAAAUAUUGGGCAUUUAUGUAGUAUCCUGCAACCCAU